AACUCAAUGAGUAUCAUUCAUAUUUCUCUUUCUUUUCUCCUCUUGUUCGUUUUUUAUUUUCAUGACGUGUUUGCGUCUCCUACUAGACACUUGUGUCGUCCGGAGCAAAGGGAUGCACUUCUCGAGUUCAAGAAUGAGUUUGAGAUUCGGAAGCCUUCUUUUCGGUGUUAUGUUAAUGGUCGCUGGGUAAACCCGUACCCGAAGACGGAGUCAUGGGCAAAUAAUACUGAUUGUUGUUAUUGGGAUGGUAUCAAGUGCGAUGCCAAAUCCGGGGAAGUGAUCGAGCUAGACCUCAGAUGCAGCUCUCUCUACGGCAAGUUUCGUUCCAAUACCAGUCUGUUUAGGCUUCAUAACUUUCGUUUUCUCACCACUUUAGACCUUUCACAUAAUGAUUUACAUGGUCAAAUCCCGUUUUCAAUUGGAAAUCUUUCUCUUCUUACUUCUCUCGACCUUUCUUCCAAUGGGUUUUCGGGUCAGAUUCCAUCUUCAAUUGGAAAUCUUUCUCUUCUUACUUCUCUCGACCUUUCUGAAAACGGGUUUUCGGGUCAGAUUCCAUCUUCAAUUGGAAAUCUUUCACAGCUCACCUCUCUCUAUCUCUUUUCCAAUCAGUUUUCGGGUCAGAUUCCAUCUUCAAUUGGAAAUCUUUCACAGCUUACCUCUUUGGAUCUUUCUUCCAAUCAGUUUUCGGGUCAGAUUCCAUCAUCAAUUGGAAAUCUUUCACUGCUCACCUCUCUCUAUCUUUCUUUCAAUCAGUUUUCGGGUCAGAUUCCGUCUUCAAUUGAAAAUCUUUCACAGCUCACCUUUCUCAAACUUUAUUCCAAUCAGUUUUCGGGUCAGAUUUCAUCUUCAAUGGGAAAUCUUUCACUUCUUACCUCUCUUCAUCUUUCUUCCAAUCAGUUUUCGGGUGAGAUUCCAUCUUCAAUUGGAAAUCUUUCACAGCUUACCUCUCUUCAUCUUUCUUCCAAUCAGUUUUCGGGAACGCUUCCCUCAAACAUUAGCUCACUCUCCAACUUGGUGCAUUUUGGAGCAAGUGACAACGAUUUCGUUGGAACCAUUCCUUCUUCUCUCUUCACCAUUCCUUCUUUGACAGAAAUUGAUUUGUCAAAUAACCAACUCGACAGCCUUCUUGAGUUUGGGAAUAUAUCUUCACCAACAAAGCUAGAGUGGUUAGUGCUUUCCGGUAACAACUUGAGAGGGCCAAUCCCGAGAUCCAUUUCCAAAUUAGUCAACCUCUAUUACCUUGACCUUUCCAAUUGGAACACCCAAUUAGGCCCAAUUGACUUGAGUAUCUUCUCGCAUCUCAAGUCACUCGAAUAUCUUGGCUUAUCCCAUUUGAACACAACCACUACGAUUGAUUGUAAUGCCAUCUUAUCAUUUUUCAAGUCGCUCGAAGAAUUGGAUCUCUCAGGCAACCAUGUUUCAGCCGAAACCAAGAGCUCAGUUUCAGAUCCUCCUUCGCAAAUGUUAUAUUAUUUAAACUUGUCUGGCUGCGGUAUUACCGAAUUUCCAGAGAUCAUAAGAACCCGGCAGUCUAUGAAGAGACUAGACAUUUCCAACAACAAAAUCAAAGGUCAAGUGCCUGGCUGGUUAUGGACUCCACCAACUCUUUACUACGUGAAUCUUUCCAACAACACUUUCACCAGCUUCGAAAGACCAACGAAACAUGGACUAUCCUCUGGCUUGUGGUACUUGUCUGGCUCCAGAAACAAUUUCACAGGAAAUAUUCCCUCCUUCAUAUGCGCGUUGGGCUCUCUAAGCGUUCUCGAUUUCUCUGAAAACAACUUCAAUGGUUCAAUCCCUCUUUGUAUGGAGAAUCUCAAGAGUAAUCUUUCGGUUCUAAACCUCCGUCAGAAUCAUCUUAGCGGAGGCCUUCCGGAGAAUGUAUUUGAAAGUCUAAGGUCCCUUGACGUUGGUCAUAACCAACUGGUGGGAAAGCUUCCAAGAUCUUUGAUCCAUUUCUCUGCCCUUGAAGUUCUUAAUGCGGAAAGCAACAAAAUCAACGACACGUUUCCGUUCUGGUUGAGUUCUCUACAAAACCUGCAAAUUCUUGUCUUACGCUCCAAUGCAUUCCAUGGAUCGAUACAUCAAGCCUCCUUCCUUCAGCUGAAAAUCAUGGACAUCUCGCAUAAUUACUUCAACGGAGUUUUACCAUCAGAUUAUUUUGUGAACUGGAGUAAAAUGUCAUCACUUGGAAUAGAGGAAGAUCGCUCGGCUGUAAACUACAUGGGAGAAGAUAAAUCAGGCUAUUACCACGAUUCAUUGGUCUUGAUGAAUAAAGGAACAGAGAUGGAGCUGGUACGUAUCCUAAAAAUCCUCACAGCACUCGACUUCUCUGGAAACAGGCUUGAAGGAGAAAUUCCAAGGUCCAUCGGCCUAUUGAAAGAGCUUCACGUACUCAACUUGUCAAACAAUGCUUUCACUGGCCACAUACCAUCAUCUAUGGGUAACCUGACAGCUCUCGAGUCACUUGACGUUUCUCAAAACAAGCUUUCAGGAGUGAUCCCACAAGAGCUAGGGAAUCUCUCGUACCUUGCGUACAUGAACUUCUCCCACAACCAGCUUGUCGGUCUAGUACCUGGAGGCACUCAGUUUCGAACGCAGCCUUGCUCUUCCUUCGAACACAACUCAGGACUUUUUGGCCCUUCUCUUGACGAAGUUUGCAAAGAUAUACACAAGACAUCAUCGCAAGAGAAUGAAACACCGGAGGAGGCAGAGGAAGAAGACGAAGAGGUGUUUAGUUGGAUUGCAGCUGCAAUAGGAUUUGGACCUGGCAUUGUAUUAGGAUUGACGAUUGGAUACAUAUUGGCCUUCUACAAACGGAGGUGGUUCACGAGUCCUUUUGGCCGAAACAAACACAGAAGCAGAAGCACCACAGCUCAUUAAGAGAGCGUUCUUAAACCCAAGAUGAAGAAUCUUUGAAAAAGAGAAUGAAGCAACCAGACCAUAGGUAGAGAAGAAGCUUGGGGGAGAAGGCAACUCAUUUUAUCAAAAACUAAAUAUCAAUGAUUGUUUCCGGUUUAGUUUUGUGUGUUUAUCAUAUACAUACUCUGUUUUUAGCCAAUGUUUGUGUUUCUCUGUAAUUGAACAAUGAAAGAAUGUUUACAAAGCUCAAA